CAAGCCUCUAUUUAUCCAGACAAAGUAAAUCUAACUCAGUAAAACUCUACUGCAACUGGAAAGCUUGAAAUCUUAGAAAGCUGGAAAGUUCAUAAUUGUGAGCUGGGGAAAGUAGUUCGCGCUCUCUUCUAGAGAGAAAGGUGCGAAAUCACAACAAGUCUGUGGAAAAAAUGUAAACUCUGAAAAGUUUAGAAAUAAAUUAAAGUGAAACCCAGCAUAGGAGAAGGUGGAGUUAAUAAUGGAGGACGAGGAGAAUUCUCAGGGUACUGAAACUCAUGUUUACAGGGUAGAGGAGUUCAAUACAGACCUUAGUUCUCCGUCUAGAUCUGGCAGUAAUAUAAACAAACAAUCCCAUAUUAUAGUUUCAUCCAACGGGAAUAUUAUUCCUGUAUCUUCUCAUGUUAUUGUUACAUCGGGGGGACAAUUUACUCUUUCAAAUAACAAAUCUAUAGAUCUCAUUGGAGAAGAGUUUGUCUCCAAGCUUAAGUCUGAACCUGAGCAGGAGGAAGAUAAAAGAUCUCCAGUAGUGAUGAGUAUUGCUUCUAUGAACACAGAAACCAACACAGUGAGUGCCGGAGGAGAGCAGAGUCAUCUUGUCUACUGUAACCUGAAUGAUCUAGAUCUCUCCGGGUCUGGAGAAACAUACAGUCUUGCUUCCCUUCACAGUCUGGCGGAGGCAAGCAGCACGGUUCAGCAGCAGGAGAGGAAUUCAUACUCUAACGUCUCUACAAUCCUUCUUCAGGGUGGAAUACUCCAGUUGAAGGGAGAGGGUGGAGGGGGACUGGUUUCUGGUUCUGGUCAAGAUCAGAUUUUAAUGACAGUCGAUUCUAAGUUUGGGAGCCCGCAAGACAGGAUGGUUCCAUCUACUCAGAUUGUUACUGUUGGAGAUAGUACACAGCACACCCGACCUCAGGAUGCUAUUGCAAGUAUUCUGGCGAGCAUGAACUCUCAGGGACUAGAGACAACUGUGAGCUCCGGGAACCCUGUAGAUUACAGCACAGCUGUUUCCGAGGUUGAUGAGGUCGUUACCCUGGAUCAACAACAUUUCGAGGACAGGAGGGAGGUCCUUCCCCUCAACCUCGCUACUACUAGUCCGUCGCAGGGAACUUUUAUUCAAACAUCACAAGGACUUCAGUUACACGGGAUAAAGAAGAUCGGACAGUCGACACCUGGAGGUCUAGUCACCAAAAAAGUAAUCAUCGCAACUAUAAAUGGGACCCAAAGAAUACUAACCCCUGUCUCAAGUCCGCAGAUUAUAUCUAUGAAACCCACUUCUCGAUUCUUGUCGGAUGGAACACUAGUGAACGGUUCGAGUCCUAUCAUGAUUCAGAAACCAGGUUUACAGUUUCACAAACCUAAACAGUAUAGUCCUCCCAUCCUAUCCUCCAGAUCUACAGACAAUAAAACAUGCUUGUGGAAAUUCGAGAACGGACAGGUGUGUGGAAAAGUAUUUACGAAAACCUACAACCUAACAGUGCACAUGAGAAUGCACCAGGAUAUCAGGCCUUUCCCGUGUUCGAUCUGUGAACAAACAUUUAGACAAAAGGCACACUUGCAACGCCACGAGGCAACUCAUGGUAUUGAUUCUACGGCUAACAGAAAAAGACGAAAGCGUCCAAUGAUAGACGAUUUUAACGAUAUAAACAGAAGAGCAGAUAAUGAAAGUGACGAAGAUAUGUAUCGGUCUUUUGGUGAGGUUAAACGGAAGUUUUCCGUCGGAACCAUGAAGAAUGAGGAGGAGGAGGAGGAUGAGAUGGAUGUUGAUCCAAUGAUUGAACCCAUCGACGGAUCUCAGAUUGAAAGGAAGCAGGUCUGCCCGGUGAAUGUCGGAACAAACACCGAGGUGACACGGCAUGAUGUAUCUGAUGAGAUAGAGGAGAGUAAUCUAGAACCUGUUAGAUACCGACCCAACCCGGCCAGUCGGGGAGUAGAACAAGGAGUUCAGUAUAGUGAGGAGGAUCUUAUUUUACCAGACUCAGGAUACCAGGAGAUGGAGAUGAAGUACUCUAGAUCUGAAGAGACUCUAGAGAAACAGGAGAUUCGUUAUAUCCAUCCUUCUAAAUCUGUUUUGAAAACGGAGGACGGAGUUGUGGAGGUCGGAGAGGACGAGGUCUAUUCUAGUCAACAGGUUUACUCAGUUCAACAAGGAGAGCUUGAAGAAACCCAGCUCAUCACACAAACCUCAGACGGAUCCUACAUAGAUACUUCAGGGAACCAGAUAGUGAUGUCCCAGGAUGGAGAACUCGUCGGUUUUGUUCCUGUUGAGGGGGAUCAGAGUCAGGUUGUAAAUAUCAGCACAACCACAAACGAGCACGGGCAGCAGGUUGUGAUCAUUGAGAACCUUCAUCAUCAUAGUCCUGAGCUACAGAGGGAGAUCAUGAACGCUCUUAUUUCAGACAGUAGUCUUGUUCCUCUCACUAAUUCAUAAACAGAUCUGAGUUCUCUCACAUAGUUAUUUAUUUCGACUCUAGAGUUGAACUAUUAGACCCAAUCUAAAAAUGAAUUAAAGAACAUUUGAUGAAUUCAAAGUGUUUAGAAGCUAAACCAAGAAAUCUAUGUUUUACAUUUUUGCCAAAUUGACUGAUUUAAAGUGACAUUGUUUUGUUUUGUUAAUUCAAGUCCUAGAACAAUUGUUAAGGUUUGUCUUUCUUAUUGUUAUUUUUCGUUGUUUCAGGUUCAGGUCUAUUUACUUACCUAAGCUAGGUACGAGGCCCUUGUACUUGCCUAGAAUAGGUACGAGGCCCUUGUACUUGCCUAGAAUAGGUCCAGGGUUCCUGUACUUACCUAGGAUUGGUUCAGGGUUCCUGUACUUACCUAGGAUAGAUCCAAGGUUCCUUUACUUACAUAGGAUAGGUUCAUGAUCCAUGACUUUCUGAAACAUACAGGGUUACCUACAAAGAAUAAGACUAUAAAGACGACCUAAAACUUUUGAAAUAUUUCGAUCCCAAGGUUAAAUCAAGCUUUCUGCAUUGAGUAUAGUUUUUAAUGGCUUACUCAAUUAUUUUGCAAAGAAAGAACCAAGUGUACGGUUGCCGGGAAUCAUAAAUGUAAGAAACUGACAGUAUAUUCGUCUCAUGAAGUCUCAUUCUUUGUAGGUAUUAUGUAACCCUGUAUAUUUACUAAUUUAAAAAAGGGUCUCUCUUACUUAACGCUAGUUUCGCCUUUAUGGACGUGCGUCCAGCAUGCCUAGAAAAUUAUUAUAUGUUCAAAAUAUAUUUAAUAUUAUGAAAUCAUAAAAA